AUGCAGCUCGACGGCGUCCCCCCCACUUCAAUCACCUUCAACUCCCUUCUCCGCUCCCUCUGCCGCUCCGGCGACCUUUCCCGCGCCUCUAAACUCACCCGCUACAUGCUCCUCAAAGGCUGCCCUCCCACCACCGCCACCUACAACACCCUCAUUCACUCCCUCUGCCUCCACGGCAACCUCGACGCCGCUCUCUCCCUCCUCCACCGCAUGCACCGCGACGCCUGCCAACCCAACGAGAUUACCUACGGCGCCAUCAUCGACGGCCUCGUCAAGCUCCGCCGCCCCUCUGACGCUCGCAGCAUCGUCAUCGACAUGGACGCGCGAGGUGUUCGACCAAAUGCCUUCAUUUACUCCGCGCUCAUCACCGGCUUUUUCCGCUGCGGAGAUCCAGAUGCUGCCAUCGAAACUUGGACGGCCAUGGUCGAGCGCGGCGUCAAGCCCAACACCGUCGUCUUCUCCGCUUUCAUCGACGGCCUCUGCCGGCAUGGCAAAGCCGACGAGGCGGAGCAUCUUCUCUCUAAGAUGACCGCGGAGGACUGCACCCCAAGCGUCUUCACCUAUACUUCCCUCAUGCGGGGCCACUUCGAGGUUGCGAGCCCUAACGCUGUUAGUUACUGCACACUGAUCCACGGUCUCUGUGAGGGCGGGAGACUGGAUGAGGGUAUGAUGGCCUGGAGGAACAUGUUAGCUAAAGGGUGUUCCGCUGACGUGGUGGCUUACGGUGCGAUGAUCAGAGGGCUUUGCUUGGGCGGGCGAUUGGAUGAUGGUGUGAGACUGUUUAAUGAUAUGUUGGCCCGCGAGGAACCGGAACCGGACGCGGUCAUUUACAACAUACUAUUUGACGGGUUACUGAAAGACGGUAAAUUAACACAAGCGAUGGAUCUACUGAGAAGCAUGUUGAACAAAGGGUGUGAUCCAGAUGAAGUGACUUGCAAUACAUUUUUGAGGGAGUUUGGAGGGGAUGAUAAGAAGGUGAGGGAGUUCAUGGAAGGGUUGGUGGUGAGGUUGAGUAAGCGGGAAAGGGUCGAGGGGGCGGCCGGCAUCGUCGGAGUUAUGUUAGCGAAGAAUGUCGCGCCGGAGCCGGGGACUUGGGCUAUGGUCUUGGGAGGAGUUUGCAAUGGGAGGAGAGUGAGGAGACUGAUUGAUAAGUGUUGGAUUGAUAUUGUGGGAACUUGAUUAAUUCUUUUUACUAUUUAUGUAUGCUUGUACAUUGAUUAA